ACCGAGCUUCAUCUCCACUGCAGUGUCCUCCAGGUUUCUCAAGAUGCUUUGUUUUGUUUUCUUCAGUGAAACACGGAGUUGACCCAAAUGCCAGCCUCGGGGACACCGUCUUGUCUCUUUCCUGAGGUUGACAUAAUCUUGGACCACGCAGACAAUGAGGAAUGGAGUCUUCGGAACCUUCUCAUCCUACCCCAUCAGCCACGGACCAGACAGUCUCUGUACCUGGCAUUCCAGGGGGCCCAGGCGGGCAGGCCUCACCUCGCCUGACCCUGGGUCCUGUCAUUCUGCCACCAGAGCAGGGUCUGGCCCCAACGGUGUUCUUGAAGGCCUUGCCUGUCCCGUUAUACCACACAGUACCUCCCGGGGGCCUCCAGCCAAGGGCACCCCUGGUGACAGGCAGCCUGGAGGGGGCCAGCGUCCCCUUCAUCCUCAGCCCCUUGCUGCAGCCUGAAGGGCCCAGUGCCACCCAAGUGGGCAAGCCACCCACCCCGGCCCUGACUGUAAACAUCGUAGGAACACUGCCUGUACUCUCCCCAGGUCCAGGCAUGGGGUCUGCACUGGUCAGCACAGGCAGGGUGAAGAAUACUGGAAAGUACUUGUGCCCGCACUGUGGCCGGGACUGUUUGAAACCCAGUGUGCUGGAGAAACACAUCCGGUCCCACACAGGAGAGAGGCCCUUCCCGUGUCCCACCUGUGGCAUUGCCUUUAAGACCCAGAGCAACCUGUAUAAACACAGGCGGACUCAAACACAUCUCAACAACUCCCGCUUGUCCUUAGAGUCUGAGGGGAGUGGGAGCAGUCUUUUGGAGGAAGGAGACAGGCCCGGAGAGACUGCCUCAGUGGAUAGCCGUGGAGAUGAAGGAGCUCUAGAGAGAGCCCUUUCUCCAGGUGUCCACUCAACCCUUGCUGCGCAGAAUAGGGAAAGGAAGGUGGAAUCGGCUCUCUCUCUCGGGGCCACCCUUUCCCACAGGGAGGCUUCUGUGGAUCAGACCCAGACGAUGUCACCUGAGUUCUCACUAGCCAGCCCGCAGCCUAGGCGGAAGCUGCCAGACCCAAAGCCAUGCUUCCUGCAGCGACAGCAGGAGACAUGUUCAGAGAAGCCCUGGGACCCCAAGGCCUUGGGAGGCCAACUGAAGAAGUGCGAGAGCACAGACUCUGGCUACCUGUCGCGCUCAGACAGCGUGGAGCAGCCCCCUGUUGCCUCUAGCCCCUUGCAUAGUCUAUCGGAGCACAGUGCUGAGUCUGAGGGAGAAGGAGGCCCUGGCUGUUCCUCUUCAGGCAACAGGGCCGAACAGGGAACAGCAGGGCCCAGCCUGGAGAUAGAGAAGAAGAAACUGGAGGAACGCAUUGCUCAGCUCAUCUCCCGCAACCAGGCGGUAGUAGAUGACCCGCAGCUGGACCAUGUGCGGCCCCGCAAGACUGUGCUGUCCAAGCAGGGCAGCAUCGACCUGCCCAUGCCAUAUACCUACAAGGAUUCCUUCCACUUCGACAUCCGGGCGCUGGAGCCCAGCCGCAGGAGGGUUGCCCUCAGCCCUGCCCGCUCCACCUUCACACCCCUGGAAAAGGCCAGACCUCUUUUUUUCCACUCAGUCCCCACGCAGCUCUCCACCACAGUGGAGUGUGUCCCUGUCACCAGAAGCAACUCGCUGCCUUUUGUCGAGAGUUCUAAGUUGUGGCCAGAGCCACGGGACCCACAGGAUGCUGUUCCAGGGACGCAGAAGGCCCUGAGCCCCAGGCUCACCCCAGCCCGGCUGGGAUGCCGCCCAGGAUUGACCUUGGCAAGCAUCCCCAGUGGUCACCCUCGGGCCCUGGUGAGACAGGCUGCUGUGGAAGACCUGCCAUAUACCCUCACUGGGGACCCCUCAGCUGUUGCUGAGGACGUAGAUGGAAAGAAAGCUGCGACAAAGGAGGGUGUGGUGUACAAGGGCAGAGGCAGUAAAAAGUGUAGCCAGAGGAAGCAAAGGAUGUUCUCCCAGGAAAAAUGGCAAGUAUAUGGAAAUGAGACUUUCAAGAGAAUAUACCAGAAAAUGAAGACCAACCACCAGGGAGGUCAGAAACACAGAGAGGUGAAGCCAGGCCAGGGGACAGAACUGGACCCUCCUCCUCCUCAGGAACAGGUAGGAAGGAGUAAGGAUGCAGGCUUGUCUCAAGACAAUAGGAUCCCUAUUCUUGGAGACACUACAGCAGGAGCUAAACUGGGAUCUUGGGGAAGUGGACCAUCCUUGGAAGACUCACUGGAGGCUGAGUCUCCUAAGCAGCUGAAGGUGGUGGCCAGAGUCAAGUCGUCUCCUACCCUUGGCUGCACAGAUGGCCUCUGUUUGAGUGGCAAGAGCCCUUUGCUCUCUCCCAGUGGCAAAUUGGACCUGGGAUGCCAGAUGCCUCCAGUGCCUGGGCUUUGCCAAGGAAGAGACUUAGAAGCUCCUGUGACAGCUUCACCAGACUCAAGUGAUGAGGUUAUAAAAGAAACCAACCCUGGGGCCCAAACUGUCCUCAGACGGUCCAGUGGUGGGUCUGUGCCCCUACAGCUUGCAGAAGACAAGUUACCUUCAGAGAGGAAGAGACUGAAGGUGGAGGGGCUGGACCAUCAGGAGCAGCCAGGGCCUCUGGAAGCUGAGACCUCAGGAGGCUCUGAGCAAGCUGACUCCCAGCCAUCCCAGAAACAGGACAGUGACUCUGAGGAGUUGCUGGCUUGCUCAAAUAAAAGUGUCCUGCAUGUGACCACAGCCUCGGAGCCCUCAGAUGUCUCCUCAGCCACUUCUGCUGUUGCCCUGAGAUGGCCAGGGCUAGGAGACAAGGAUUCCCCAUUGCCUUCUCUACCCAGGACUCCUGGGCUUCACUCUUUGCUGCCAGCUCAGUCCCAGGAUCCUGGUAUUCCUACUGCUAGGUCAGGUGGCUCCUUUGCUCCCAAGUACCUCCUUAGGUUACCUCAGGGAGAGAACCCCUCACCGAUAGUUGCUCAAGGGCCUGGAAAAGGCCCAGACUCUCUUUGUACAAGUACACAGCCUAUAGAACAGGCCCUUCUUGUUGGAUCAGAACUGGGAAUGCUCCGGCUGCCUGGAGCACACUCAGGCCCAGGUGAGGCAGGUGACAGCCCAGAGGACUCUAGCUGGUCCAGGGAUAGAAAAGAAGAAGCACAGAUGGGAAGAGAGAAAGGAGACAGGCCUAAUGACAGCAUCCCAGAUGCUGGAUGCUCUCCUGACCCCAGUACCAGCACCAUCCUGGAGAUAGCCUCCAUUCUGUCUACUCACACCUGUGGCAUUCAUGUGCCCCAGGAUGUAGUGAGUAAGACCCACGCCAUCCACUGCCUCUGCAAAGAUAGCCCACCAGCAAGAGCUAGAACAUAUGGGAAUCUCUUAAACCCUUGGACAUCAUCCCAGUCGCUGGGGACGCCUCCUAAGAAUGCUCUAGAAGAUCCUCCUUCAAAAACCAAGGAAGGGCUGCCUGCCUGCUUUUCCUCUCAAGCACACUGUUUCCUUACAACUUUCACAAAACCCCAGGGUAUUUCCUUGAACCAGCAGAAACUGGCCUUGUCACAUGUCUUAGGAACCCCCAGGACCUGUGAGGACCCAAGCUCCUUCCCCUCGCUUAAGGCUGAGCCCCAGCUCACAUGGUGUUGCUUGAGUCGAAGCCUGCCCCUGCCUGCAGAGCAGCAGAGGGCAGCUCCUGGACACUUGGCUUUGUCCUUGCCUAAUAGAAACCUCCAGGUUGACAAUAACAAAACAUUGGCCAAGAGCAGUGGUGGAAGGACCCAGACGAGCCGAGGAGGAGAAGGGUCUACGCAGGCACCUGAGCUUCCCUAUCCAACAGUCCCAGGGCUGAGGGCUCAGGACCAAGUAUCCAGGCCACAGUGGAAGAAAGAACUGUGGUGGAGGAGGGUGAAGACAUCUCGUGAGAACACCAAGAAGAAGAAACUGAUGCUUCAUUCCAAGAGGUGUGAAGGGAGUUUCUGGCAAAGAGCCAAACGACUGUGCAAGCCACCCUGGUUGCCAAGAAGAAGCUGUCUCCCCCACCGACUUGAGGGAUUAGAGCCACGGGGGACCCUUGGGAGGAAUUCGGCAGAAGUGGCAGGUCUAAACAUACAAGAGGAACCAUCUUGUGCCAGCAAAGACUUGUCUCUUCCUCAUGGGAACAAAGGGAAGGGAGGUGACUGUAGUCAGACUUCAGGAUCCAUGUCUCCUGGCAUAAGCUCAGAAACCAUCUUGGAAAUAGACAAAUCAACUCUGAAGGAUAUUUCUCCAACCUCUGGUGAGCAUGACCGUUCUCUGGAGAAGGAGCAUGCUGAUGAGGCGGGACGAUCUCCGCAAUCUAAUGUGUACUUGGCAGUGUUUCAGGAAGAUCUGCCACAGGGCAAAGGUCUUGAUGUUGGACCUUCAGGAACUCAGCUGCCACCUUCCCAGGAUCAAGUCUCCACAGUUCCCAACUUGUGCUUCUUCCCAGAUGUUCCAGAGCUGCCUUCUUCCUUUAGAUCCAAAGGAACAUUUCCCCACCAUAACGUUGCUACCUCUGUGGCUGCCAUCUGUGUUUCUGCGGGGAUAAGAACAGGACACAAGACACAGGGGGCUCAAGGUGCAGAGUCUUGUGCAGAGGAGACUCUGGCACGAAACUCCCCAGACAGAAGAGCCACACCAGACAGUAUACCACAGGUGCUCCUGCCAGGGAGGCCUUCACCUGGUAAACAGUCACCUGGAAAAACUCUAGAAAUACCACCUUCAGGACCAAGUUCAGACAGUUCACAUCAGGAGGAAGCAAGAGCCCAGGCAGAUUUUCCUUUGUGGGCCCAAUAUGGAUUUGGGGAUCUGACUAUCCAGGGUGCUGCUUCAGGAAGCGAGAGUGGGUCUUGUCGAGCUGAAGGAUUAAUUACCCUCAAGACUGUCACAGCUCCUUCUGACCCAGGACAACCCUCAGAAGUCCCCGAAGCCCCUUUGAGAUCCAUCCGAAAGAGGAGUUUGGAAGGAAUGAGGAAGCAGACACCGGUGGAGCUCAGCGACACUAGUAGUGAUGACGAAGACAGACUAGUCAUCGAGAUAUGAUGUGCUUCCAGAGAAAGAUGGUGGCAGCGGCUAAGGCCUGUAGAUCUUCUGGGAUAGACAUCAACAAGUGUUAUGGGCACUGAACUUUAUUUACAAAACAUCUAUAGACUAGGAAAGCCAUCUAUGAUUUCUUCAAGCCAACUCUAACCAACCCCGUGCUCAGAUCCAGCCAUAACUUUCUCUAGCUUCUCUUAGACAGACCUCAGAGUCUUCUACAUUCGUCUGGGAGACUCACAAUGGCCGGAAAGGCCAUCGCAAGAGACUCCGCGUACACAGCUCCAACUUGAUGCUGUAACCCUCACUGCCUUGCCCACUAAACUGACACGAAUCAGAAGAGCCAUAUGGGACUUUGUUUUUGACCAGUGAGACUCCAUUGGAUCAAUACAUCUGACACCCCCGCCACUAAGUUGAGUGACAAACACAUCUGGGGUCAUUGGGUCCAGUCAUUAUCGCCCUUCAAGUCUGCCCUCCGACAGUUCCUCAUCCCAUUCCUCUUUCUCACUGUAUCCAAGAGGAGGUCCCCACUCCCCCCAACUGCAUUCUCCUCCCCCAGCCCCGGCUCCUACUAGACCUCCGCACUCCCUGAGACCUCAAGUCUUUUAAGGGUUAGGCGAGUCUUUUCUCCCUGAAGCCAGACCAGGCAGUCCUCCAGUCCUCUGCUGUAUAUGUGUGUGUGUUGGGGGUUGGGGGAAGUGGAGGUAUCGGACCAAAAGGACAAUGAUUGGCUGCCCUUUGGAUGACCUGUUCCUGAGAAAGGCAGUGGAGGAAGCUGUCAGAGCCCCAUUGAAUGGCUGUCCCUGUGUAUGAAGUUGAGACCUGGACAGCGGAGCUGAGCGCGUCUGUGGGGCUGGAUCCUGGUGAGAGUGGCGGAAUGAGAAACCAUGGUCUCCUUUACAUCUGUGUCUUCAUAGCUUAGAAGUGUCCCUCACAGAAAACAUUGCUCCUGAGUUGCCUUGUAAGAUGCUGAAGAACGUUCUGGGGUGCUGAUGCACAGAUACUGUUAGGGUACUUCUGCUAGGUAGUAUGUGAGCUAAGGGAAGGGCUGUCUUAUGCACCUCUCUGGAAUUCCUGAUUUAGGGGUGCAGUCACUCACCUUAUAAAUUGGAGUUUAUAUAACAAAAAAGCAUGGCACUGAGUGGAAGAGACCAUGUAUGUAGGUGGAACUGCCUCCUCUAUCUCAGGAGGUACAGGGCAGCAGAGCAGGACCGCUGUCUAGAUCUGUGGUUCUCAACCUAUGUGUCAUGAUCCCUUUAGGGGUCAAAUGACCCUUUCAAAGGGGUCACCUACGACGAUUAGAAAACACAGGAAUUUACAGUAUGAUUCGUAACGGUAUCAAAAUUACAGUAGUGACGUAGCAACAAAAAUAAUUUUAUGGUCAGAGGUUAUCACAACAUGAGAAACCAUGUUAAAGGGUCACAGCGUUAGGGAGGUUGAGAAUCACUAUCCUAGAUCCUUAUUUCCGGGGGACAACUGAGUCUAAGAGGAUCACCAGUCCCACAUUAUAACCAUAGCUCCAAAGAGCACGCUGGGAACUCUGCCUCUUCCAAGCCACCAUAGCUAGCUGCCACCCCCAAGGCUGGAUUCGAUAUAGCAGAAUGUCAACUGUAUCUCUUUAAAGCCUCCUGUCUCUUACAAAGCCAGGGAACUCACCGGACCCGCUGGUUCACCUGAUCACUUAGUGUCAGUCUUCCUAGGGGUCAUUCACUUUAAAUCAACAAGGGUUUGUGGACCCUGUAUUUCAAUAGAACUUUUGAAAAAUGAAACAAUCAUUUUUAAAUGGCCUUGGGAGGAGCUAGCUACCGAAAAACAUUCUAAAGUAAGAGAUACAUGGUUUGGGUUAGUUUGGUUUUAAUGGGGAGUCCUUUUGACCUUUUGAUAAUGUACCGAAUAGUCACUGAUCUUUCUAAAUCUAAUUUUCUUAAGGCAAAAGACAGUUAUAAGAAAAUUAUAGGAAAACUUUUACCCAUAAAACCCCCAAACUCAGCUUGGGUUAUUAAAAUAAAAUUCUAGUACUAAUACAGUCUAUUGUUGCUGCGGUUUGAAAACAUCGAAAGUGCACACCACCCGAUGGAUCAGGAAACACGUGUCUAUUUUUCAGUGCUGGGGGUGUAGCUCAGUUGUCUAGUGCUUGCCUGGCAUACACGAAGCUCGGGAUUCAGUUCCCAGCACCACACAUAAGAGGCACGUCAGGACAAGGGCAGCCCACUGUUUGCCAAAGCCGUUACUCUUAUAUGUACCUUCAUGCAGGCGUCUUGCGUAAUCAGUGCCUCCACUUCCCCCAUGGAGGUGAGCUGCAGGGCUUCCGGCAUGAACCGAGAGAGAGGAGCUAGGACCACUGCUCAUGGUGUCUGAUGCUGGCCACUGACUGUCCUCCUGAACUGCUAUGCCUGGCCACAUUUUGAGAUGCAUGGAGGAACAGGGUCUCAUCUCACUUCUCCACUUGGCCAACUCUUAAAGCUUUGUGAGUUUUGGUGGCCGGCCUGACCGUCCCUGUCAUGAGGUGCUAUGGGAACUCCUUUUUCCUUCCUUAGGGCUAAGCUUGCCAUCUCAGAGGAAGCUAAGACUAAAGAUCAGUGGUGCACAGCUCUCAACUUGUAGUUUA